CCGCCCAACUCACCCUCCCUCGCAUCUCGUGCACGCCAAAAACUCUUCCUCCCUUCCGUCGUCUACCUUAUAUCGAUCUCUUCUCCUCUCCCCUCCCCUCUCAAUUGCGAACGACGCGAUCGCGGCGGCGGAGCACCGGACCCCGCCAUCUCCGGCGAUGGACCUCCCCGUCGUGGAUCUCGCCCCCUACCUCGACGCUGCGGCUUGUGGCGGCGGCGGCGGAGGCGGAGGUGGCCCCGAUCGGCGGGCGGAGGAGGAGGUGGUGGCGCUCUGCGCGGCGGUGAGCGGUAGCCUGAGGGACACGGGCGCGCUCCUCGUGAAGGAUCCGAGGUGCUCCGCCGAGGACAACGAUCGGUUCCUUGAUAUGAUGGAAAGGUACUUCGAGCGAUCCGAGGAGUUCAAGCGCCUCCAGGAACGGCCCAACCUCCAUUACCAGGUUGGUGUAACACCUGAAGGGGUGGAGGUACCACGCAGCCUCGUAGAUGAGGAUAUGCAGGAGAAGAUAAGGACGAUGCCAAAAGAAUUUCAACCAUAUACUCCGACAGGACCAGAUCCUAAAUGGCGAUACAUGUGGAGAGUGGGUCCCCGCCCAACAAACACCCGUUUCAAGGAGCUGAACUCUGAACCUGUCAUACCUGAAGGGUUCCCUGAAUGGAGAAAAACCAUGGACUCAUGGGGUUCCAAAAUGAUUUCUGCAAUUGAGGUUGUUGCCGAGAUGGCUGCAAUUGGAUUUGGCUUGCCAAAGUAUGCAUUUACUUCUUUAAUGAAGCAGGGACCACACCUUCUUGCUCCCACCGGAAGUGACCUGCAACGCCAUGGAUCCGAGGGCACAGUAUUUGCAGGAUUUCAUUACGAUCUUAACUUCUUAACAAUACAUGGUAGGAGUAGAUUCCCAGGCUUAAACAUCUGGUUAAGGAAUGGCCAAAAAAUGGAAGUCAAGGUCCCUGUCGGUUGCCUUCUCAUUCAAACAGGGAAACAGCUAGAGUGGCUUACUGGAGGGGAGUGUUUAGCUGGGAUGCACGAGGUUGUUGUAACUAAGAGGACACUGGAAGCUAUUGAUCUUGCACGGGAGCAAAACCGCAGCUUGUGGAGGGUUUCUUCAACCCUAUUCGCUCAUAUUGCUUCUGAUGCAAUGCUAAAGCCGCUAGGCCGUUUUGCUGAAUCAAGCCAUGUGAAUAUGUAUCCCCCAGUCUGUGCUGGAGAUUACGUCGAGCAAGAGCUCUCAGUGAUUAAUCUCAAAGGAAAGACAAGUGGGUAUUCACAGGCUUUGGUUGGUGCAAAUAAAACCAUGUCAUUCAUGCUUUAAGCUGUGUAAUUUAUUUGUUAAACGGUGAUUAGCAUCCAAGGUAGUAGUUCACAAGGUCAUCCUUGUUCCCUCUGUUAAUUGGUGUAAGUACUGUGUCUUAUUCUCUAAUCAUUCUUUCUAACCUUGCAUUUACUAGCAAAUAACGCCCACUUCGUAGCGCGUGGAUUAUGUUAUGGAAGUGGUAUCAAAUAGUAUUCAAAAUCUUAGCAAAUGUUAUGAAUUUAUUUGGGAA